UCAUGGUCGGUCCCAGUCAGCGGCCAUAUUGUAAGCGAAAGAGACGGUGGAGGAAGGUGUCGAUGGAGUGAGGAGAAUUACUAUCUUAUACGAGAAACGAUUGAUAUUAGGUACUUUUAGGCGUCGUCGAGAACUUUGCAAAAUAUAACAAUGGAUGACAAAACACAGAUGAAAGAGUUAAACCAGUGGAUAGACCAGUUGAUGGAGUGUAAACAGUUGGCGGAGAAUCAAGUCAAAACUCUCUGUGAAAAGGCCAAGGAAGUACUAGCAAAGGAGAGCAAUGUACAAGAAGUCAAAUCUCCAGUAACAGUAUGUGGAGAUGUCCACGGACAGUUCCAUGACUUAAUGGAACUGUUUAAGAUUGGAGGGCGAUCUCCUGACACCAACUAUCUUUUUAUGGGAGAUUAUGUUGAUAGAGGGUACUAUUCUGUAGAGACAGUCACCUUGCUAGUAUGUCUUAAG